AUGUACGUCCCAUCCACCGGUCCGAUGAUGUCAAAGCCCUACAUGGUGCAAGAGCCGGGUGCAGUCGCUGGCACUGGGUUUGGCCAACCUCUCGCGCCGCAACCUUAUUUCCUACAAGAGCCGACAAGCGCGAUAGCUGCACCGGCUGCGUUUCAAGAUCCGGGGGUUCCAAUACCACUUCCUACUAUACAAGGAGCUCCUAUGGCGAAAGGCAUGAACGGCAUGAUGAACGGCAUGAACGGCAUGAAUGGCAUGAACGGCAUGAACAGCUUGAACGGCGCAACGAACGGCAUGACGAACGGCCUGCGGAGUGCGCGGGCCAGCGCAGGGCAUGCACCACAGACGGCUAUCGAUGAUGGAACUGCGGCUGUCUUCCUGCAGCAGUAUUUCACCCUCAUCAAAUCACAUUGCGAAACGCGCUUGGCCAACAAGAAAGCGGCCAUGAGGGAACUGAACGGCAAGCUGUUCCCGCUCAUCCUAGAGGCUUUUCAUCGGCACGACAGGGAUGGUGACGGCGUGCUGAACAAGCAAGAGGCGUACAUUUUGUUCACUCUCUUCGUCUCGGACAGGCUGGGCUUUAGCGACGCAGCACGUGCAAUGGUCUAUCAGCAAACUGGCGAGUCCGAGAAGGCAGCUGACCGCGUGGCACAGUACAAGAAGUUUAAGGAAACUUACGAUGCGCGAGCAUUCCAGACUUUCGCUGCAGACGAAGAUGGCUAUGUGCAGCUCCACGAGGUGAUUUCCGCGCUGUCUCUCCACACCGAGAAGCACAUGGCAUUGUUCAAGGCCUUCGGACUUCAAGAAGCAGAUGACGAAGCGGAACAGUCGUAUUACGUUGACCACUAUGCCUGA